ACACACACACAUGCUCCACCCCACAUCAGUUUCCUAUAUAACUCAUUCGGCUCACGCCUCUCAAGAUCUGACCACCUCAAGCUGAACCGGUAAUAAUUUCUACGGAAGCCGGGCUCCUUCUUCCAGGAAGAUUUUCUACUCAAAACUCCCCGAAGAAACCUCCAGAGCUCCGCUUUCUGUCUAUCGACGACAAAAGAAGGGAGAAGAGAGUAAGCUGAGCCACACCGGCUUUAAAGAAGGACAGGAAACUCAAUAAGCUUCAAAACUUCUCACAGGAGCUUUUUMAUAUAUGAACAAUCUCUGACACCAGAAGAGAGCAUCGAGAGGAAACUUCUAACAUCGUCGAAAACUGUCAGAAAAAGUCGCAAAGAAGAAAAAGAAGAAGAAGACUCCAAGCCRCCAUGGACUCGGGAAAGCAACUAACAUUGCCGUUGAUGAUGAGCGUUGGCACAGCUGUGAUUGGAUCCCUGCAGUUCGGAUACAACUCGGGUGUCAUUAAUGCUCCCCAAAAGGUUAUUGAGAGUUUCAUCAAUGAGACGUGGUUUGACCGUUACCAGGAGCAAGUCACCAAAAGCUCACUCACAGCUAUCUGGUCCAUCGCUGUCUCCAUCUUCUCCGUGGGCGGUAUCUUUGGCUCGUUCUCUGUUGGACUCUUCGUCAAUCGCUUGGGAAGGAGGAACUCCAUGCUGGCAGCCAAUGUUCUGGCCUUUAUCGCAGCUGCUUUGAUGGGUUUUUCAAAGAUGGCUAGUUCCUGGGAAAUGCUAAUCGCUGGUCGUUUUGUGGUCGGCCUCUUUUCYGGGCUGUCCACGGGUUUUGUGCCCAUGUACGUGGGUGAGGUCUCCCCGACGUCCAUGCGAGGUGCCCUGGGCACGCUGCACCAACUGGGCAUCGUCGUUGGCAUCCUCAUCGCACAGGUGUUUGGACUGGACAUGAUCAUGGGAAAUGAAAACCUAUGGCCGUUUCUCUUGGGCUUCACCUUCAUCCCUGCUGUGAUUCAGUGCGUCCUGCUGCCUCUCUGCCCAGAGAGUCCCCGUUUCCUGCUAAUCAACAAAAAUGAGGAGAAUAAAGCCAAAACAAUUCUGAAGAAGCUCCGAGGCAACACCGAUGUGAGCGCCGACAUGCAGGAGAUGAAGGAGGAGAGUCGGCAGAUGAUGAGGGAGAAAAAAGUCACGAUUCUGGAGCUUUUCCGUUCGCCUCUGUACCGCCARCCCCUCCUCAUCGCCGUCAUGCUGCAGCUCUCCCAGCAGCUGUCUGGGAUCAACGCUGUGUUUUACUUCUCCACACGUAUCUUUGAGAAAGCCGGAGUGGAGCAGCCGGUCUACGCCACCAUUGGAACUGGAGUCGUAAACACAGCAUUCACUGUUGUUUCUCUGUUUGUCGUCGAACGUGCAGGACGCAGGUCUUUGCACCUCCUCGGCCUGCUGGGAAUGGCGGGAGCUGCCGUCCUCUUGACUAUUGCUUUGGCCCUGCUGGAGCAGCUGAAGUGGAUGUCCUACCUGAGCAUCGUGGCCAUUUUUGGCUUUGUUGCGUUCUUUGAGAUCGGACCGGGUCCCAUCCCCUGGUUCAUCGUGGCUGAGCUGUUCUCGCAGGGUCCCAGGCCUGCGGCCAUGGCUGUGGCUGGUUUCUCCAACUGGACCGCUAACUUCAUAGUGGGAAUGUGCUUCCAGUAUGUCGAGGAGCUCUGCGGUGCCUAUGUGUUUGUCAUCUUCAUUGUGCUGCUGCUCAUAUUCUUCGUCUUCACCUACUUCAAAGUGCCAGAGACCAAAGGCCGGACCUUUGAUGAUAUCGCUGCCGGCUUCCGCCAGACGGCCGUUACGGGAGCAGAAAAACACUCGCCGGAGGAGCUCAACAGCCUGGGGGCCGAUUCUCAGCUCUGAUAGACUGUCAGGAAACUUCCUGACAAACUGUUUUUAGGCUGAGGGGGAACUGGACAGGUUUGCUAYGUAGAAGCUGACAGAUUCACUGGUAGAACAAUUUUCAGUCUGUCGCCACAUUUCAGGCGUCAUCAUCGUGACGCCUCCUGCUGCUUCUCUCUUUUACAUGCAGAAGUGCUGAAAGGAGGCGAAGAUGGAGAGGGUUUUUAAUAUUUAAAAAUACGUUUUUUUUACAAGGGAUCCCUGAUUGUAACACUAGACAUUGAUUAACGUUUACUYCAACAAAGUAAACGUUAAUSARUGUCUAGUGUUACAAGUAAUCGUGGAUCCUUUUAAAUAAGGUUUUAACUGCUUCAAUAACAAUCCACCAGCUUUUUUUCUACAAGUAGUUUACUAAUAGAUGCUUAUGCUCCGUUUGUUUUGUGCUGUUACUGUAGAGGGAGUUUGUCGUUACCUGUUUAAAGAUGCUGCAGCUGUCAAAAUAAGUUCACUGUGCAGAAAUACCUGAUUUUACUGAUCAUACUGUAACGAGGUGUCACUUUAGCACUGUCGAUGCUCUACCGUGUUUGUCCACCAGGUGGAGCUCUUCCUGUAGAAAUGGUGGUUUGGAGCGUUCAGGAGAAUCAGAGAAGUUWGUUUUAAGGUUCUGAGUGAAGUUUUUCACUUAUUUUACACCUUUAACUUUUUUUUAAACGCUUCAUUGCUGAAACAUUUAUUUUUAUAAGAAUAUAUUUGGUAACCUUAUCAAAAUAGUCAGUAGAAAAAUAUAAUUCUUGUAUUUUUAUACAAUUUUUUUUUUAAAUUUGUUAACCAGAGUAAACAUAUCCAUCGAGGUCAACACCUUCAUCAGCUGCCAUUAAACCCCCAAAAAACAUCAUACUCGGAAAUUUUUUUUAAAAAGUUGCUCAUUUGUGAGUUUAGGUGUCCAUCUGAAGCGGACCAAAAUAAACAAAAAUCUUUGUUAUCCUAAAAGUGCCGUCAGUCUCAGUCGUAGCUUUUGCGGCUAAUUWUAUCCAAACAGACGCUUGUUUUGUGGCACAAGUGUUUUGCUUCCAGUGUGCAGAGCAUCUAUACUCUGUAUAGAAGCAGAUGUCACUGCACAAGUCGCUGUCUAUCACUGCUGUAUCUCAUCUCGUCACUCGUGUCUUCUGUUUAAAGUUCAUCGUUUGAGGAAAGUUCCCUUUUUUAGCAGCACUUUAUUGUUCCCAGAGUCGGAUGCUGAAGUUGAAUAUGUUGUGAUUUUUUUUACUCCCAGUGUGCAAACUUAGUCACUACAGUGAGACUGAAGUACUGCUGAUGGAAUAUUUAAUGUUUAUUUUUAAAGAUAGAAAGGUCUGGAGUUGUGCUCUUGUUUAUAUCUGUUCUAGUUUGUACACAAAGUGCACACUGACAUAUAUUGAUAUUGUAAUAUUCUGAGUCAGAUAUAAGCGUGAUUUUUUUUCUAAUACCAGUUGCAAAAACCUUUUAAAUCAUUCCAGGAUUGCUCCUCCGUUAAAUGUAUAUAAUAGAUGUUUUAAAGUGCAGGAUUUUGUUGUUUGCAGACUAUUAAUAUUGUAGAGCUGUAAGACUUUAGAUAUUUUUCUGUUCUGAUUUGAUGCCUUUUUAGAUGUUGUGGUUUUACUGUAAACUGUAAAAAAAAGUUAGCUUUUACAUGUAAAGAUUUACUUGUUUCAUUUUAGAGCACAAAUCGUAUUUUAUUCUUUGUUACUAUUAAAAAAAUGUUUGUGUGUGUGUGGCGUUGGAGUGGAACUGACUGAGGCAGUAAAUGUCCAACAGUCACUUGUAAAUGGUUUAUUGAAUAAAUAAAUUACAAACAAAUCA